AUGGGGGCCUCAAGAUACUCACGUUACGAACGAUCUAGAUCGCCGCGCGAUCGCUCACCCGACCGAUUCGACAGAGGCGCUCAGUACCCCGACGGUGACAGACGCCGACCGUCUGAAGCUCGAGCAGGCAAUGGCGGCUUUCCUCCCAACCGUGACUUUGGCGACCCAUUGCGGCGCGAGCCUCCUCGCGGCCCAAAAGCUUUGAUCGACGCACCUAGUGGACCCCGUGGCGGAGGAUUUGGAGGAGAAUUUAGAGGUCGGGGUCGAGGGCGCGGUCGCGGAUGGUCUUCAAGGGACGAUAGCCGAGAUCGGGGUCGAGACAGGGACAUGGACUUUCGUGAUCGUUAUCGCGAUGACCGAAGCCGUGAGCGUGAUCGCGAGAGGGAGUGGCGUGAGCCUAGAGAUUUCCGAUCACGUCGUUCUCCCAUCGGUCGCGCAAGAUCGCCUAAUCGAGACUUCCGAGAUAGAGACCGUGAUGGACCUCUGGGUGUAGACGCAGAUAGGUCCAGGCGCGGCUCUCGAGAUGGGGGACCGCCUUCUGCAGGAUCAUCAUCUUCUGAUCCCCAAUUCAACAUGGCGCCUUAUCCUCGCGGUGGAGGUUUUCAUCGAGGACGUGGGCGAGGAAGAGGAGAUUGGACUUCAGAAAGAGGGCGUGGACGAGGACCAUAUAUGGACGAUAGGGGCGACCGCUACCCACGAAGUCGGUCUCAAGAGGGUCGAUGGGGUAGGGACCGUGAUGAUAGAGACCGCAUGGAACGCAUGGAUCGUUAUGCUGACCCAGAGGCCCGACACAACAUCCGAGACGAACGCGGAGACAAUCGAGAUCGCGAAUUGUUCAGAAACAAGAUGGAAGCUCGCGCCAACGCUGGUCAUGAUUCAGGACUCUCUAGUAAAGAAGUGUCGCCGCCGCCUCCUGUUGUGCCAUCUGCUCCCACCUUUGGAUCUUCGGUUAGCCGAGGGCUAAGUAUGGGAGAGGGAUAUGUUUCCGCCAGCGCUGCCACGAAGAUACCACCUACCGCACCCCGGGCUUUCGGCGAUCGGCCGCCCUCAGCUGGACAUGAUCCAGCUAUGCCUCCCGUGGGCAUGGGCAUGGGCAAGGCAAUGAUGCAUGAUGGCCCUUCGAUCCCGGUCGGCCCUCGAGCCCAGCAACCUCCUCCUCCAAGACCUUCCAGCAAGCAAUGGAUCAACCCAAACCUUAAAAAGGUACCCGAUUCGCCAAAGAUGAUGAGAUCCCCGAGUUUUGUACAGCAGCGACCGGCUAUGCGACGUGGUAGUUCUCAGUACGAUCAUUAUAACGAGGAUGAGAGACGACCGCGUAGUAGCGAUGCAAAAUCAGACACUCAUUAUGACAACCGGGCUCGGUCUAAUUACAGCGCGGAGCCAGGAGAAAUCACCGUCAAAUCCGAGCGAGAAUCUCAAUCAGCAAGAGCAUCAAUCGACAGAGACACACGACCUAUUAAUGCUUCUAGGCGGGAUUCUUAUCGUUCUGGUCCAUCGCCUACCAUGGAGAACAUGCCCAGAUUCAGCCAGGUAUCCGAGGAUCGCGCGAGGGAGAUGAGAGAACCCCCCAAAGAAGCACCAAAGCGGAAGCGUGUUCGACCAGCUAUCAAGGUGGUCAGGUUUGAAGUCCCCCUUAAACCAGCGCCCGUGGAACAGAACUCGGAAUCCGAUGACGACGACGACAUGGCCGACUACUUUGACAUGGAAAUUGGGAAAACGGAGGCUGAACUGAGUAAGCUUGAGGGGCCGAAGUUGCCAACUCGGGUCAUGGCUCGGUUUGCGGCUCUUUCUCACGGGUCUAUGGUUAAGAUUGUCGGGGAACAGGAUGAACUGCUCAGGAUGGUGGAAGAGCUUCCCGAGGCGGCAAACAAGCUUGUCGUUGAGAAAACCAAGGAACCCAUACCUGAUGAAGAAGAUGAAAAGUCGGACGUGGAAAUGGCAAAUACUUCCGAAAAUGCCAAUGAAGUCAAGUCCGAACCACCACAGCAGCCACAUCAGGAAGACAUGGAACUGGAGCCGGAGCCUGAGAUUCAUGUCAGAGGAUCGGAGGAACCCGAUGUUGAGCCGGCCCCGAAGCCAUUGCCCGAGGUCACCAAAGAGCCGACUGAGCAAGUUAUUGAACAGUCUAUCGACAAACCCGAGAAAUCCGUAGAAUCCACCGAGAAAACUACUGAGAAACCCGCCCAGAGACAGAGUGACGAAUCUGUCGAGCAGCCUGACAAGAAACCAGCACAGCAGGCCGACCAUGCCCACAAGGAUCUGGAAGGAAAUUCUAAUGAGAAGCCUGUUGAGGAACUUGCCGCGAAGCCUGUCGAGGAUGUUGCACAGCAGCCUGUUGAGGAAACCGCCAAACAAGGACCUAUUGCAUCAGCACUUAAACCGGAGGUUGAUGAAAUGGAUGUUGACGAGCCUGCCGUCGAGGCUGCACCAGUCGCGUCCGAGACCUCGAUGCCUGAUACUGACAGAGAAGUCAGAGAUCCCAUUCCUGCGACACCUGAAACUGCCAUCAAGGAGCUUCCAGUUGAACCUAUGGAGAUUAGCGACAUGACUUUACGCACCGUCAAGGAAUCUGCAGUGGAAAAACCAAAAGAUGAGAAACUAAGUGAGAUGCCCGUGGAUGCUCGUCCCGAAACACCCUCGCAAGUACAGAAAGAGAGAUCGAAUGAUACUCCUUCAGGAACAUCCCCAGGAAAGCGCGACGAGACUGCUGUCGAAACUCCAGUGAGGGUUCCUGCCGAACCUCAAGUCGAGACACCUGCAAACAAGUCUGAAGCCAGCCUUCACAGGCACAUCGAGGGCGACAACACCCCUGUUACUGUUAUUGCACCAAACGUUGUUUUGCAAACCACCGAGACAGCUUCGAAGCCACCCAGCACACCAUCGCAGGUUGACGACGACGAAACCGAGUCCGAGGAUGACUCUUUCAUGAAUGUUGAUACUGUCCGACAAUAUAUGACCACGCCGCCAAUCGAUACCCUUCCUAACUUCAGCUGUCAACCUUGGGACCAGGACAAGGAGUUUAUGGACACUCUUGAAUCAGACUCGUUCCUUGACGGCUUUGUUCUUGAGCAUUUGGAUAAGCUGCAUUUGGAAAAGUCUGCGGAACAGGACCACGAUAAGAAGAUCUACUCGGACAAUUAUCACCAGUACUUGGACUUUACUAUGUCAAACGAUCCUGCUGCUGUAAAGAGUCGUGGAAAGUUCUCUGUUUCGACAGGCAUUGAAUUCACCGGCACGGUGACUCCUGAACCAAAACACGAGGGAAGUGGCCGUGGGCGUCGUUUCGCAACCGAGCGAGACCUGGAACGUGUUCUACAAGCAUCGAUGCGCGAAGACGAAGAGAGAAGAGAACGUGAGCUCCGAAUGCAGCAGGAAAAGUACCGCACGGACAAGGAAGCUAUCAUCCCAGAUAUGAUGUGGACGCAGGAAGAAAAGGACAAUACCAAUUACAUUGACAAGAGUGGAUACACGCCUGUUGACCGAUUGGUAUCAGCAUGGCGUGUCUUGCCUCCGGUUAAUAACUUCACCGAGGAAGAGGCCAGUCUGUUCGAGAAAAGAUACUUGGAGGCACCCAAGCAAUGGGGCAGAGUUGCGGAAGCUAUCCCGCACCGUAACUUUGGCUCUUGCAUCCAGUAUUAUUACAUGAACAAGAAGAACCUCAACCUGAAAGAGAAACUCAAGAAGCAGCCUAAGAGGCGCAGAAAGGGUAAGGCGAAGCAAAGGUCUAGUGCACUGGUAUCGGAAUUGGGCAACGGCGACGGAGAGACAGAGGAAAACCACGAUACAGGAGAGAAUGGAGAGAGAAGGCGACCACGACGAGCGGCUGCGCCUACAUGGGGCUUUGAACAACCUCCAAUCGACACAGAGGCCUCGACGCCCAAUGCUACACCUGGGAGACGCGGAGGUUCUGCAAAGGUCGAUCAUCCCGAAAAGGUGGACGGAAGAAAGAGACGAAGAGGUCCCAAGGAAAAGGAACCCAAAGCGCCGAAAUCAAACCAGACUUUGGCUGCGGCACCAGGACCUGCCAAGGGCCGCUCGAGAUCCAACUCAAGAGCACUCAACACAGAUGGUACCACGACUCCUUUGCCGAUUGCUGAAGGUCAUCGUCUGCCAUCUCAGUUCGAGCAGCACCCGGCCGGGAUCCAGCCUCCUUUCUCUGUACAGCAACAGCCCAUACAGACUUUAGAACGUCCUCCACCAGUUGCCUCCACGUCACUCUCGGAGGUAAUGGCAGCACCGUCACUUCGACCUGACCCACCUCCUCAGCCUGCAAUGGCUACUUUCAACUUGACUCCCCAGUCAUCAGAGCGUAAAGCACCAACUCAAGCAUCUAGUUACUGGAGUGUGUCUGAAUCUAAUGACUUCCCACAUCUCCUGCGCUCGUUCGGCUCGGACUGGACAGCUAUCGCAGCUCACAUGGGCUCUAAAACGGCUGUCAUGGUGAAGAAUUAUUAUGUCCGGCAAAAGGAUCAAGGCAAGUCCGAAUGGGAGAUUAUUGUUAAUGACGCCGAGAGGAAGAAACAGUCUGGGGAGAAACUGCCAGACCCACCUCAGCCAUCAACAGGAGGGCGUGGAAGGAGAUACGACAGCUCAGCAGCUGCUUCCCGGCCCCUUGCUGUUGCCCCAGGAAUUGAAAUGCUUGGUGAAGCACCACAACCCAAGAUGGAGCCUGCUGGUCAGCCUCCUGGUGGUCCGCAAUUCUCAAACUUUGGAGGAGUUCCUAUCGCACAGGCUCCUAUCCAGCAGCAGCCAAUUGUUCAGUCACAACAACCCAUUAUCAAUCAGCAUCCUACCGCUCAACCAGUUACUCAGGUUAUGUCACCUGGCCCAAGACCUUUGCAAGCCCCUGUACAACAAUUUAGACUAAACGAACGCGAGCCUGCAGCACGCGUGCCUCUUCCACAGAAAGCCUCUUCCAGACCUCCUGGCGUGGAGCAACGAGAGCAACGGCCUCUGGCUGCCGCACAACCACUACAGCCGUCUCGUAACGAGGCUGCUAUGAUGGAACACAACGCUCAGAUGGAACGUCAAAAGAUGGAGAUGCAGAUGCGAGAACAAGAGCAACGCGAGCUAGCUCGACAGUCAGAAAGGCAAACUUUACGUGUCAAGCAGGAGCGCGAGAUGACACCGCAGCCUCAUCAUUACGAGCCGUAUUCUCAUCACCGCCAACAAUCAAGCCUCGGUGGUCAGCCAUUGUCGAGACCACCACAGGAAUCUGGUCGUCCUCAAUCGUAUGGUCCUCCUGUGCAGCAGCAAGCUCCUGUUCAGCCAGUGCGAAACCUGAUGGGCGAGCAACCCCAGGCGCGCUCGCCUCAGAUGGGCACGCCUACUAGUCGCCCUGUGUCUUCUCUCCAGCAGCGACCGUCUUCAGGCUCAAUGCACGAUACAUUUGGCUCAAUUACACCUCAGUCUGGCACUCCAGUCCAAACUCCAGCAGCAGCACCUCCUCGUCCUCCAGAGCCUCGCAAGGGAGGUCUCAACAUCAUGUCGCUGCUCAAUGACGAUCCUCCUCCACAGCCCAAGCGGGUGAACGAUGUGACAAGCACUCCUACAAGGCCGUCGCCCACUCCUCCACCCCAAACCAGCAUGAGUGGCCGUCCACUUCCAGGACCAGCACCGCCAUCACAAAUUCGGCGGGAGCCAGAACCAUACUCACCCUUCGCUCGAGGUACACCAUCAAUGCCACCUCUCAAGCCAACUUAUGCAGAUUCUCCCCAGCCCCCGCACAUGGGCACUUCGAGGGCGUCGAUAGGAGUAUCGCACGAAGCUGCCGUCGCCGCAGACCCGCGAGACUUCUACAGGCAGAACCCUUACCAGUCUGCAAACCAUAGCCGCACAAACUCACCUCAAGGUGGCCACCGCUACCCUCCCCCAGGCCCCCCUCAGUAUCAGAAUCAGGGAUACCCAACAUCAUACGCCAAUACAGGUCAGCCAGCACACGCUGGAUCACCGGGUGGUCAGUAUGGCCACCCUCGUUCACGAGAAGUCACCCAAGGUGGCCGUGAAACUUCAUGGCCAUCACCAGCCCAACAAGGUCAUCCCGGCAUGCAACAGCCCACCGGUUGGUCAUCGCAACCACCUCCCAACACAUCACAACCACCGCCGCAGCAACAGUGGCCUCCUCAACAUCCUUCGUCCAAACCCCAAACACCAGGACCGUCUUGGGCUGCAUCCCAGCCACCUUCUCAGCCACCACCUCAGCAAGGACAUCACAUGCCCAUGAGAGAUGAUGGAAGAGGCCCUUACUACCCAGGUGGAGCUAGCAUGCCACCACAGCAACAUCAGAUGCAGGGUCGCUAUCCACCUCCAGUCUCACGUGGGCCUGAACAGGUGCCUCCUGGGCAAGCAUACCCUCGUUAUGCUUCUACUCCUGGCCCUGGGCAGCCACGAGAUCAUAGAGAAAUGCCUGGUCGCAGCUUUACGCCUGCGGGCUAUGAUGCACGUGGACCGCCUCCUCCAGGAGGUCCUGUCUACGCUGGCCAUGAUCCUCGAGAUCCUAGAGACCCUCGUGAUCCCAGAGAUCCCCGAGAUCCAAGGGAUCCACGAGACAUGAUAGGAAGAGGAGGAUUGAGACCGCAUGAAUACGAGAGACAUCCAGAUUACUAUAGAAGAUGA